AUGGGUAGCUUAGGACCAACGGACACGUUGCCCAAGAAGUUCAACACUGAGCUCACCGACUACUCGACGGUCCACGCCGAGAAGACCGGGCCAUAUGCCGAAAACCUCGAAGUCGAUGCGUUGGUCGUGGGUGCCGGUUUUGCCGGUAUCUUCAUGCUCAAGACCCUCCGUGAUCGCGGCCUAAAGACGGUUAUAUUCGAGGCUGGCAACGAUACAGGCGGCACCUGGCGAUGGAACUGCUACCCCGGCGCGGGCGUAGACUCCGAGGUCCCCGAGUAUGAGUUCUCCUGGCCUGAGGUCUACAACACGUGGAACUGGCCCAGCAAUUACCCCGACUACAAAGACCUACGGGCCUACUUCGAUCACGUUGACAAGGUCAUUGGCAUCAAGAAAGACUGCGCUUUUAACACCGUCGUGGUUGGCGCGCAGUUCGACACUGAUGAGGGAAAAUGGAACGUCAAGACUGCGGAUGGCCGUACGACUAAGACUAAGUACCUCGUCCUAGGAACCGGUUUCGCCGCCAAGAGAUACAUCCCCCCUUGGUCCGGCAUGGACAAGUUCAAGGGCGUGGUGCACCACUCGUCCUUCUGGCCAGACGCUGAAGUCGACGUCAAGAACAAACGCUGCGCUAUCAUUGGCACCGGCGCAUCAGGAGUGCAGAUCACACAAGCGUGGGGCCCCAAAGCCGGCGACCUCAAAGUCUUCCAGCGAACGCCCAACCUCGCCAUACCAAUGCGCAAACGUGACCUCACCGUCGAGGAGCAGGAGCGCAUCAAGCCCUACUACCCUGCGCUGUUCCGCUACCGCGAGACCAGCUUUGCCGGUUUCAUAUACGACUGGUGCGAGCGGAACACCUUCGACGACACGCCCGAGGAGCGUGAGGCGCUCUACGAGCGCGUCUGGAAAGAGGGCGGCUUCCGCUACUGGGUCGCCCUCUACAAAGAUAACCUGAUCAAUCCUGACGCCAACAGGGAGUCGUACAAGUUUUGGGCUAAGAAGACUCGCGCCCGCAUUGGUGACCCCAAGCUACGGGAACUACUCGCUCCCAACGAGAUGCCGCAUUACUUCGGUAUCAAGCGCCCGUGUCUUGAGAACAACUACUACGAGCAGUUUAACCGCGAGUCUGUGAAUCUGGUCAACAUCAAGGAUAACCCAAUCAAGGAGUUUACCGAGACCGGUAUUACCCUUGAGGACGGAACUCACCACGAGUUCGAUGUGAUUGCCGUUGCCACUGGUUUUGAUGUUGUCACUGGCGUCAUGACCCAGCUCGGGCUAAAGAGCAUCAACGGCACCGGGCUCGAAAAGGAAUGGAUCCCAGGCGCAAAGACCUACCUCGGCAUGACCGUCAGCGGCUACCCAAAUAUGUUCCACAUCUACGGACCGCAGGGCCCGACGUUGCUGAGCAACGGGCCCACGUCCGUCGCUGUGCAGGGCAGGUGGAUCGCGGACGCGAUUGCCAAAAUGGAAAAUAACGGCAUCAAGUACAUCAACGCCAAGGCUGAGGCAGCGGAUAAGUGGAAGGAGCACAUUGUCCAGCUCAACGACAGAACGCUCUUUCCCACGACGAGGUCGACGUACAUGGGUGGUAGCAUUCCUGGAAAGGUUUAUGAACCGGUGUGCUACAGUCUUGGUAUUCCUGCUUAUACGAUUGAGGUUCGGGGUGCUUUGGAUAAUUGGGAGGAGGGCUUUGAUGUUGUUAAGGCUUAG